AUGGAGCUGCUUGAUGUCAUGAAGAACUUGACUAUCAAACAUACGGAAAAGGAUAGUCAACAGUUGCUAUUCAAAUCAGUUGCUGCAGAUAUUGACGAUGUGCCCACGGAAGUAGUUCUUGCCGAGUACACAGAUAAAACAUUGCUCAUAUUAUCACAAUACCAAAAAAUUGGCAGCAUGUUAACAGUCCAGAAAGAUGAAGUACAUAAUCCACUUGGGAGUAGCGAUAUUUAUACUACAAACGUUAUUUUUGGUGCUACAGGAGAGGAGCAACAAGUAGGAGCAAGGUACCUGGCAGAAGCCAUCAAAAUAACUAAACCACUGAACAUCUUCAUCAACCUGAAGUCCUAUGAUAUUGAGACUUUGAAGGCCUGUGUGGACAUCAUACAAGACCUUAGGAGGGAUCAGGGUAAUUAA